AUGGAGCUCUUCGAGACCAACCCGUACUUCUUCCCGGAGCAGAGGUUUUACGAUGGGGAAAACUUUCUGGGCUCCCGCUUGCAGGCCUACGAGCCCGCGGCGUUCCCCGAGCGUGCCGAGGCGGCCCUGUGUGCCGAGGGCAGGGUGGCUCCCGAGGACAAGGAGGCGCUGGCCGAGCACUGUCCCGGGCAGUGCCUGCCCUGGGCCUGCAAGGUGUGCAAGAGGAAAUCCGUGUCCAUGGACCGGCGGCGCGCGGCCACCCUGCGGGAGAAGCGGCGGCUCAAGAAGGUGAACGAAGCGUUCGAGGCUCUGAAGCGCAGCACCCUCCUGAACCCCAACCAGCGGCUGCCCAAGGUGGAGAUCCUGCGCAGCGCCAUCCAGUACAUCGAGCGGCUCCAGAGCCUGCUCAGCUCCCUCAACCAGCAGGAGCGGGACCAACGGGACCUGCGCUUCCAUCCCCAGCCCGCCGCAGCCAGCGAGUGCGGAUCCGGCAGCUCCUCCUGCAGCCCCGAGUGGAGCAGCCAGCUGGAGUUCGGCACCAACCCUGCAGAUCAUCUCCUGGCUGAUGAGGCAGCCGAGGAGCACAACCUGCACUCACUGUCUUCCAUCGUGGAGAGCAUUGCUGUGGAGGAUGUGGCUGUGACAUUCCCGGAGGAGCGGGGUCAAAACUGA